AAAUUUAAAAUUCAUUUUCAGAAAUAGUUAUCGAGUAUCAAUUGUUUCAAUGUCCGACCUCACUGUCAUCUGUCGUUCAAGUUAACAACUAUACUUUUUUAAGCUGUAGCGGCUUGUAGUUAAAGUAUGGAAGCUAAUGUACUUAGUACUGUAGAAGCACGUGGGUUGUAAUCAGAAAUUUAUUGACAAUAUAAAAUAAAUUUGAACAGAAAUUUAUAUAUUAUAGUGAAGUAUUAACAUAUAAAAGUGAUCUUGUCGAAAUGAAUGUCAUACCCUGUAUAACUUGGGUGAAGAAAGGCGUAGCAGCUGCAGUGCCUGAUAAGGUGCAACUGACUCCACAAGAAUUGGAGAAUAUUAUAAAACAGACCGAAUCUAAUAUAAAGGACAUUGAAAGUGAUGAUGAUAAUGACGAUGAUACUAAUCCUACAGUAUCAAAACAGGCAAAUUCAAGUAAAGGACACCAAACUCAGAGUGAUGCCAUGAUUGAGGAUGAAUUCAACUUUGAUAAAUACGAUGAUGAAGCUGGCAAUAUUCAUUGCAACAUUGGUGGUCUAGCUGUAUUGAAUAAAGAUGGAAAAGAUCCAUUUGUAACAGUAGGUGACAGUGAAGAUGAGGAUUCUGAGAAAGAAGAUGAUAUUAUUAAAGAUACUGAUAAUCUUGUUCUGGUAGGACAUGUUGAUGGAGAUGCCAGCAUUCUAGAAGUACAUGUUUAUAAUGAAGAAGAGGGAUCGUUCUACUGUCAUCAUGAUAUUUUGUUACCUUCUUUUCCAUUGUGCAUAGAAUGGCUUAAUUUCGAUUCUAGUGAUCCAAGACCAGGCAAUUUAUGUGCAAUUGGUAAUAUGACACCAAUUAUAGAAGUAUGGGAUUUGGAUGUAGUUGAUUGUCUAGAACCUGCAUUUAAACUUGGACGCAAACCUAGUAAAAAACUAAAACUAAAACGCGUCGGUCAUAGAGAUGCAGUACUAGAUUUGGCAUGGAAUUCUAAUUAUACUCACGUUCUAGCUAGUGGUUCAGUAGAUCAAACUGUACUAUUGUGGGACUUAGAAAAUGGUACCCCAGUAACAAAACUCAAUUCAUUUAAUGAAAAAGUUCAAACAAUUGAAUGGCAUCCUUCAGAAACUCAAAAAUUACUUACUGGAUGCAGUGACAAAACUGUAAGAUUAUUCGACUGCAGAGCAGAGGAUGACUUCAAAGCCUGGCAAACAGCUGGCGAGGUUGAAAGAGUAUUGUGGAAUCAUUUUGACCCAAAUUACUAUUUUGCAAGUACAGACAAUGGUCAGAUUCAAUAUGUCGAUGUAAGACAAGAUAACCCAAUAUGGCAGAUUUCCGCACACGAAAAAGAAAUCACAGGUUUAUGCCUUAGCACCUCGUGUCCUGGUUUAUUAGUCAGUUCAUGCAACGGUGGGAUCCUGAAAGUAUGGGAUGUGAUAAAUCACAACGAAGCAAUAUUAGUCUGGGAGAAGAAGGCUAAUUUGGGUGCUUUACAAUGUUUAGCAGCAAAUCCCGAUAGUCCAUUUAUAUUUGUCUUAGGGGGCGAUAAUAAAUCUGAUAACAUGAAAGUACUCAAUCUCUUAACCAGCUCCGCAGUAUCUGACAGAUUUAAAGAGAGGCAGAAAAUAAAAUUGGAAUUUGGUGAUUCGCAAGGAACCCAAACAAGGGAGGUUAAAACUAAUCAAGAAAUAAUGGAAGUUACUGACGAGAUGGAAUCUGUAGCUUUGGAAACAUCAGUCUCCGGAAGUUUGGGUAAAAAGAAGAAAAGGAAUAAAAAAUAAAAUGUACCCAUAAAUACAUUGAAGCUUUGUAUAUAUAAAACACAAUGUUACGUUAAGUUACAUUAUGAAUUUAAUACAUCUUCAUAUAGUAAACACUCCCAUUAUCUAUUUCA